AUGCCGAAGCCAAAGACGCUCCUGAGGGAGGCAAAGACAAAGAAGAAACGAAAACAGGUGGUGCAGGGUGUCGACCUCGAAGAAGCUGGCGAGAAAUGGCGUGCAGGAGACUCAGUCAAGUCGAUGCGCUUCUUCAUGAGGGCCAUUGAGACGUACGAUACCGGUUUACAGCGGUACCCUGCUUCGUUCGACCUGGCCUAUAACAAAGCCCGAGUACAGUAUGAAAUAACACAACACCCCAAACUGGUCACCCAGCUACCCGGACCAAUCCUUGACAUCCUCCGAAUCGCACUUGCAUCUCAUCGAGAAGCUUUGAAAAAGGAUCAAGAUAACGCAGACAUAUUAUUCAACACAGCACAGGUAUUAACCAGUGUAGCGGAAGCCAUCACGGAAGGACGACGGGCAAGUGAAGCACAGACGGAAGAGGCAUUGAGAAAUCUGACCGAAGCUCUGGAGCUGUUUCAACGAUGUCUUGUUCUGCAGGAAUUAAAAUUCACGGAAUACGAAGAGCAGUUGCGGAUGAUGCGGGAUGGCGGGCCGGAACGCCAACUCCAGCAAGAGCAGGAGCAGCAGGAAAGUGGAUAUGAUCCGAGGACAGCAUCGGGGUCUGGCUCCGGUUCAACAGAGGCAGAGGAAUGGGCGGCUGUGAUUGAACCAGUAACCAAGAAUUCACUCAUCGAUACUGCCAUUGCGCAGCUGGAAGCGCUGGCCACACUCUGCGGGCUACUUACCUCGGACCCUGGGAGUAGUCUCGCCUGGGUAGAAGAGUAUUCGUCUGAACUUCUAAGGGAGAAGAUCGCCGCAUAUGUCCAGGGUACAGACAGGGCCAAUGAGGUUGCCAUAGUGCGGGCCAAGUUCCUCUCCAUCUUGCUAGAAGUCACGUAUCGAAGCUGCCGUAUCGACCUCGAUACGUACAAGAAUGAGCUCGACUCUGCAUUUAGUAACGGUGUUGACGUCUCGCAGGAUCCAGCUGGCCUUUCAAACCAGGCUGAAGCACUUAUGGGGUUCAAUUCGGCCAUUGCUGAUUCCCACCCUGCUCCCGGUGUGGAUGGGUUUGACAGGUCAUUAGAUCUGCGAUGGCAGGCCCUGGGAGUCGCCUUGAGCCGGCUAACUGCUGCGUCGAAACUGGCUGGGACAGAGAACCUAGCAAAGAUACAUAUCGCCCGAGGUGAUGUGGAAAUGUACCGAUGGAGGCUAGGACGGCCUCCCUUCCUUUUUACAGCGGCCAAGGAUAAUUCAGGAACACUUUUGAAAAAUGCUGAAACCUAUUAUCGCGGGGGCGCAGCGAUUGCCAGGCGAGACGGGUGGUCUGACGAGGAGCGCGAAGGCACAGUCAAGGAAGCCCUGGCUAAGGGACUGGCAGGCGACCUGAGCCAGAUGGGAGCUUUGGCGAUCAACUCCAAGGAAUAUAUGUUGCAUGUAGCUGAUGACAUGGCCGAGGAUGGCCAGAUAUCUCCUGAGGAUUUGCAUAAACUGUUGACACAGUUGGACCCAGAUGAAAUAAUCUUUUAA